GUUUUGCUACAUUCUGAUUGAGCCCAAAUGUCAGUCAUUAAACUCUCUGGUGGUGCUACACUAGUUCGUGGGAAUACUGCGGGUAAAUGUGGAAGAAGGCCAAUUAGGAAGGCUACCAAUCUACAAAAUUCUUCAAAAUGGAUUCUUCAUAGUGAUUUUCUUGGAGCAAAUCAGAGGAAGGUAUUGACAUGCAACAAUGCUGCUCCGAAUUCUGGAUUAGUCAGUGAUCAGCAUUCUUUGAAUUAUGAAGCGGGUUCUUCUUCUUAUGUGGAAAAAAGGUGUACUUCAACCCGAGAGCGACUCUGUAGCGGAUCAAAUGAAGGAGACAUAGCUGAGCGUGCUUCUUAACCUUAAUACAUAUUUUGGGUUUCUACCGUGAGGUGAUUCAGAUUGGACAGUGCCUGCUUGCC